CCCUCUUUCUCCUUUCAUGACCUCAGAAGUGUACCUUUCUUCCCUUUACUUGAGAAACGUAACUUUCUUCCCUAAUUGAUGGGGAUGUCGAUGAUGGGUCUGGUUCCUCUGUUUUAACAAGUUGUUCUCUGCAAUUUCCGUACAGCCGAUGAUGUAUUUGAUUGCGUGGGAGAAGGUUUGGUAGAAGGGGCUCCUGUUUUCCUCUGUGAUGACCUAAAUUCCUCCGAUGAUGAAGUAAGGGUUGAAGGAGCACAGUGUUUCAUCGGUUCUCUUCUUCAUUAUAUGUACUGUCCUUGAUGUCAUGGAUUGCGUUGGAGGAGGUUUGGUAGAAGGGGAAGAGUGUGGGUUUCAGUUUGAAGAGCAGUUGGUGAAGAGCUCAGUUCUUGAUUGUUUUGAUGUCAGUUUAGUACAAAAGGCUGGUAUUGGUUUUCUUCCAGCAAGUUUCUUCCUGGCAUCCAAUUUAAAAUUUAUUUUAUUUGAUUCUGCUGCUAUGUUGGUAUGUUAUAAUCAAAGGCUUCUAAUCAAUGUUUUUGUCUAUUCUCAAUGUAUUGGUAAGUGGAUCGUUGAAACUAAUGUGCUCUCCCUGUCUCAUUUCUAUGUUUACCUUUCUAUUUUCUGUACUUACCUUGACCUCAAGGUAUAAUUUCUGGCUGGAUUUGUUUUUAAAUUUGAAUACUUGAGGAUGCCAAUGACUUGUGCUGUUUGUCAAGGCAAGAUGAGUGUAUUUAUAGUUUUUUAGGGUCUUUGGAAACUCAAUUCUAAGUGAAAUAAUUGAAGAAUGAUGGAGUAACACCAAUGAGAUAUCAAGUGGUGUUGUCUUAAGAUUGUACCCUACCUUCUGUAACAAUGGCCAGUAUAAUUUUUUUUCAUGGAUUAAUUGGUACUCCAUAUUUUUGUAUACAUGCUUUAGACAUGUUUUCUACACUUCGAUAGCAAAUAUUAAUGUUGAUGUGUAGCUGGUAAGUGAUUCUGCCAGACAAAUUGUAAGGCAUUGGAUAGCUAUUAAGUCAAUUUCAAGAAUUGAAGAUGUUUAAAACGAUGUGUCAGAUAUACUUGCACAAUCAAUAUGCAGUAUUUUGUCCUUCCUCACCAUGCCAGCUUUGUUGGCAGUGAUAACUUACAAUGGUAGUCAAAUGAUUACUGAGUGAAUCUUUAGUUUGCAGGUUGAUGAUGAUAUAGUGUGUACAUGUUAUUGUAAAUCUUUAUUAGAGGGAGCUAGAACUGUCAUUGUAUGUCAUAAUAUACUAUGAUGGUGAUGGACUGUUUGAACUUCAAAAUAUGUUUAGUGGUUGUGUUCCAAAAAUAUUAUGAUUAUGAUAGUAGAGUAUAGCCCUCAUCACUUUUAUAUUAUAUUUACCUUGAUUUCAUUUGGACAUAGAACUUAAUUAAUGGGUAAGGCGGUCUGAAACUACUCCCUUGUCUGUUUUUAUAUUUGGCUUUAAUAGAUACUCCAGUGGUUCCUUCGGCAAAUUGAGCAAAUGAUGGCAGAUGUGAACAAGGAUGGCAGUGGAUCAAUUGAUUAUAAUGACUAUGUUCUUAAACUAUUUGGAAUAACAGAGGCUUAAAGGAGAAGUGUUUGGAGUUGUGUCUUAUUUUAGUUUUAGCUUUGGAUUUAAACAUGAGGGUCCCAUUAAUUGUAAGUUGUAACCCACAGUGUUGGCCUAUUCAGCUCUCUAUCGUUUUCUCUAAUAAAAUUGUGUGCAAGCAGGAUAGGUUUAAUCAUAAGUAUGCAAUUGAUAUGGGCUAUGCUCCUACAUAGUUGAACUCACUGAAUGUGAUAGAAACUAUGUUCCAAAAAAAAACUAUCGAGUUCAUUCUUCAUGUUUGUGAUCCUAUAUCUAUUUUAUUUCAAGUGGACUAAUAUGCUGGCAUUCCCUAAAAUAUGUGGGGCUUGCAAUAUCUACUAUAACAUGUGACAGGUGAUCCUUUAGCAAUUUCUCUAAGACAACACCAUGUGACAUUUUAUAUGCUCCUGUCUCUCUUAUAUCCCAUGACUCUCAUCUCAUAGCCCUCAUUCAUUGAUCAUUCAUAUAGCCAACAAUUUGUAACACAUCCUUUCAUCUAUAUAUAUCCAUGGAUGCAAGCACUUAGAACCAACAUAAAUCAUUCUAUGAUGUUUUUAAACUUCAGUUGAGAGCUGAAUUUGUUGUCAUUGGUUCUUCUUGUAUGAAGAUUAAAAUUGAUUUUAGGCUUUAAUUAAUCUGUGACUUUUUCAUUUUAGGUUGUGAUUGCUGCUCCUAUUUAAUCAUGAUAUUAUAAUUAUACACAACUUCUCACUUUGUCCUCUGAUUAUAACUACAGAGUGUGGAAGCAAUGUUAAUGGGACAACUUAUUUAUGCAGAGAAAGGACUAAAACUAGGAAGCACUAAAGUUUUAAAGCUGCAUCAAAGCAAGCAGUUUUAAGAGCAGUUCAAGAUGCACCCCACAACUGGGCACCGAGAAUUUCAGAAUGUUGGUAUAUGUAAUGACAAAAAUGACACAGGUGCUAAUGGGAGCUUGGAAUCAGUAGCUUUGGUGUCUACCAUAAGUUCUGAAAUGCUCAAAAAAAGAAGAGCAUUAUGUCAAUUUAGCAUAUGAAGGGGAAGAGGUUUGAUAUCAGACACAGAGCUACAGGCACAAGGCAAAAAAAUUAAUCAAGAGCACUAGAUAAUUUUAUUAUGUUGUAUCAUGUCAUCAUUUCAACUCCAAAAUAAUUGAGGAUGAUGAUUUCCUCUUUAGAAGAGAGAAUUACAAAGGAAGAACAAGAUAAAUUGGAAGCUAUUGAUUGUUAUAGAAAAGAAAAUGAUGCUAGAAGUGCAGCUAACCAGAUGCAAGCUUCACUUUCAAUUGAGCUUGACAAAGUUCGGGAUGCGAAAUCAGCUGCUGAGAAGAAGGCUAUUUCAAAUGAGGACCCGUACAAGUGAUCACAGGAGUAUAAUGAGUCUGCAACAGUACAAUAGUUGCCUUCAGUCAUAUCUUGAAACAACUAAUGAGGCACAUAAACAACUAGAAACAGUGAAAUCAACUAUUGUUGAGAACCUUAGCAAUGUAAGAGGGCGCGAUAAGGCAUUGCAGGAGCGGUUGUCGUCUCUUAAGAGUCAGGCUCUUGGUGAAUAUCCUGAUGCUGUGAAGGAGAUAGUUGGUAUUGAGUAUCUUUUCAAGGUAGAAAAAACAUCUGAUCAUGGUGUGAAGUUUGAUUAUUGAUUCAAAGUUAAGAAGACAUGUGAUAAUCGUGGAAUCAUUGAAAUGUUCACGUCCAAUUGUAAAGUUCAGACUCCUAAGAAGUUGAUCACGGAUGCAUUUGUUUCCAAUCUGGAUUUUGGAUCAAUUGAACAGCCCAUAGGUGACAAUUUAGCUGACUCAUGUGGUUAACUCUCAGAAAUCGGGCCCAACACUGUUUCUUUGGAUGACAUAUCACCGCUGGAGUGUUCUUCUGUGCUUUAUUCUAGGAGUUCUGGUGGCGGUGAUGCAAGUUCCUCCAAGCCCGUCAAGAGGAUGAGGAUAAGGAAUGUGAAGCUAGAUCUUUAGACGUUUGUUUAUGUAUGAAGUGGGGAGAACUGUAUUGUUGUAGUUGGUUAUUCAGUAUCUUAUGUUUUAGUUUGAACUUGAAGUUGAUUGUCAACUUUUUUUUGUCCUGUCUAGCAGGCAAUGUUUAGAUGAAGUUGUUUUUGUUGUUCACUUUUAUGAUAUCAUGUUUAUGUUGGAUCUUUUGUUAGUUUGCUAACUAGCAUUUGUGAGUGAUAUCUUUUUCAAUUAUUAUGUAUCCAGUGUCAUGUAAUGUUCUUAUCAUCACUGUGAUGAAUGAAGUUAAUUUUCAUUAUA